GUUUGGGUUCGGUCGGUACAAGGAAGUAGCCGUCUGCCUUCUGUGUGGUUUCAGUUGUUGCUAGUUCGGUAACAGACGGUUGUAGAGAGAAGAGACUGGAAAAAUGAUGUCGGAAGCUGAAAAUGAAACUGAGCUCUGUGGGAAUUGUAAACAUUACAUCCCAGUAGCCAACUUCACCAUCCAUGAGAUCCACUGCAAGCGAAAGAUCAGUGUAUGCAGUAUUUGUGAGGAGCCAUUUCCAACCACUGAAAUGGAUGAACAUAUUGCCACGGAACAUGCCAUGGUGACUUGUAAGUGUAACAUGAAAAUGGAGAAAAGAGAUGUGGAAGAACAUGAGCUAUCUGCCUGUACUCUACGCCUAGUUAAAUGUCAGUUUUGUGAACUGGAACUUGCUUUUAAUAAACUUGGAGAUCAUGAAGAUUACUGUGGUGCUCGUACUGAGCGGUGUGCAGCUUGUGGACUUAGUGUCAUGAUAAAAAAUCUUAAGGAUCACCCAAAGGUCUGUGGCAAAGAAACUGAACCAAAGAAACCUCAACAAAGACAGAUUUUUUCAAACUUCACAGAAUCAAGUUAUGGUGGAGCAUGGUUUGAUCCCCCCACAAUAGGAAGAGACCAUCUUCAUGCACAAUUACCCAGUCGAUUUUAUGGCAAUUCAAUUAUAACAAAGUCAUCUGACGUGUUUAAUCACACAGAGGACCAAUCCACACAAGCAACUCAAAACAGAGAAACAGAGAGAACAAAUCUUUAUAAAAAUGUUUCUGCGGAGAGACAUGAGCGGAUGCCUGAAGAAAGAUCUGUUGGUUCCUAUGUCUAUGCAAGAAGACGUCCUAACUUUGACUCAUUUCGAUCUCUGAGUCUCCAGAAUGAAACUCGUGCAAGCUUUGACUCUGAUCUUUCACCCUUUGUUGACUUUUAUACCAAAGAACGAAAAAUGAAUAAAACAUCCAAAUUGCAGAACAAUCACAAAAUUUUCUCUGAAGAAAAGUCUGUGAAUGUUAAUCCACCAAGCACUCCUUCUGAUAAUGACAUACAGCUGCCCUGUGAGUUCUGUGAAAAGCUUUUUCCUGAACAGGACCUCAUCUUACAUCAGUCUGGUUGCAACCGUGGUAACCUUGCCUCUGUCUUUAAUCGAAGACAUUCACCCAAAAAUUUGGUGGACCUGAAAUAUGAUCCUUCUUUUGAGCCAAUUUCUCAGCUAAGUUCCCUGAAAGAACAAGUUAGCACUCCUCAGCUUUCUGAUAAUACAUCACAUAGCGUCCUUAUCCCUUGUGAAUUCUGUGGGAUCCCAAUGGAAGAGGACAUUUUGUUUCAUCACCAGGAUCAGUGUGACUUGUGUCCUGAAAGCACCACUCCCCGUUCCUCACAGUUAUUGCCUACACCUGCAGAUGAUGAACCAGACAAUGCUUUCUUGGAAAUGCCUUCCGCACGCCUCUCUAAACUCGCAGAUUUGCCCCCCCGUUAUCUGAAGAACUUUAAGGAAAACUCUGAUAGGCAGUCAUACUUUGUGAGAUCAAAUAUGCCAAGAAAUUUGCCAAGUGGGGGGUUACCUCCACUACCGUCAUAUGUGAGUCAUCAUGAAAUGAGGAAAAAGAAUACGGAAGAGAAUUUGAUAUCCCUCAGAAGUCAACAACGUGAAACGCAAUCUUCCCAAUAUCAAAGGAAUUUUCACACCGGAUUUAAUUCCAGUGCAAGAAAUGCCACUACCCGAAAAAACACCAGGACCAAGAAGUUGAACGGUGCGAGUGAAGAGCUUGAAAAGGAAGAAUGACACACAACUGCGUAUUGUACAAAGCACUAGAAUCAUAAUCCUCUUAAAAUGUAUCUAGCACUCCAAUAUAUCAUUAUAUUCAUUUGUAUGUUUGAAAUGGGAACAAUGCUUUUUACAUAACCAUGCCUAUGAAAUAUUUAAUUGUACACUUGCUAAAAUGUUUUAUAUUCUAUUUUGUAAUUAAAUCUGUCAGGAUGUUGUGUAUUUGCUGUAAGCCUAAAUGGCUUGUAAUUCACAUACCUAAAUGUUUGUUCUAUAAAGUACAAUAAAAUCUUCCUUUUUUUUUUUUUUUUUUUUUUUGGAAAUAUAACUUUUUUUUGUCUUAUAAACUGUUGUUUUGCUUUAAACUUUGUUUAUAAGAUGGCAAUAUUUUCAAAGCUCUCCCUAAGUCAUGUUGGCUUCGUUUUUCAAGUUACUAUUUUAUGGUGCUAAUGUGGCGCUUUAGGUUCUUCUGAAGGGUAAAUGUAUUGAGCUGCAGCCUCAACUUUUGUGCCUAUUCUCAAAUGAGUGAACCUGCAUCCACUAAUUUAAGAAGCAGAAACUGAUUAUUUUGCCUCUCUGACAGAAGUGGUGAGUUCAAUUGCCUGGCAUUCGCUUGUUCUGGUUGAUUGACUGGCCCUGCUCUAGUGUAAUUGGCUGCAUGGGAACAGGUGCAGCAUUGCACAUAAAAAAAAAUUGUGCAGUGUUAAUUUUCACCACAUAAUGUAGCAUUGCAAAUGAUGAUUGCAGGUGCACUACUUGCAAACCUGUCCACCUGCAAUCAUUAAACAUUAUUCCCUGUGUGUGAUUUGGGAAGUGUUCAGUCACUCAUUCACUGUGAUGCAUUGAUUAACAAUGUACUUAAAAACAUCUUGAGCACAAAACCUUUUAAAAUUUAAUAUGGAGAUCUUACUGUUGUCCCAUAUUACCUGUGUGUUUGAGUACUAAGUGCCAGCCAUUUAUGGGACCAAUGGUAAGAUGCCUUUUUUUUUCUUCUCAAGUUCAAUAAGGACAGUAUAUAAUUUAAAUGAUGUCCUCCUAUUUAGGAUUAGCUGUAUAUAUUCCAAAAUAAAUUCUUAUUCUCCUUCAAUUGCUGGAAAUUUUAUCCAGGUGCCUUAGAUAUUGAAAUACAAUAACCCCUUUAAAACUCCAUGAGUGCUGUUCAAUUGUUUUUAUAUUUAUUAACACACUACAUAUCCUAGGUUCUAACAGAUUCUAUGCACUUUCCAGCCAGUAAUGGCACCAGUCUUCCAUACUCUACUAUAUAGCCUCCAAGUCUUUUUUACUACAAAACAUUUUUCUGAAUUUAUUGAAUAUAUUUUUUUCUCCUGCCACUCCUCACAAAAUAGACCUUUUUGAAGUGCUGAAUCUGCCUUGUUAAAAGUCUUGUUAUAGCAACGAAUAAAUGGCAGCACAUUGAAUGCAUUCAUAUAAUUUAAUUUUCACCUGGUAAUUGAUGCAUUUGAUUCAAUCAAGUUAGUGAUGUCCAGCUUUCUUACAUAUGGGUGCUGCAGGGCCGGACUGGGAAACCAGACUGGCCCUGGAAAUGUUUGAAGACCAGCCAUCCCUCCCACCUUGCCUAGGGCAAUUUUUCCUCUGGAACAGGCCCCCACACCCUCAUUAGGAGCAGUCCACGGCAACUUUUCUGUUGCCACAGUGCACCGCGGCCUUGAAGAAAUGCUCUAGGCAUGUGCACAAGGCUCGCUCCCUGACCAAGGAUGCGGCUCGAUAGAGGCAGCAUAUACUGUACAUUUUCAAAAAGGUUUAUUCGUACAGGGCCAGAUGCCUUCUGUUUGUUGCUCUCCUCUGCAGAGGGUUCUUUUAAACAUGUUUGUUUAUACUUUUUCCUGGGGCCACAAAAACUAUGGCAUCCAUUUUUAGUUCUGCUUUUUUUUUAGAGUGGUGCAUCUUCUAUUUAAGCACCUUUUUUAUUGAUCAAAAGUUGACUUAAAACUGUAUAAUAAAAUGUACGUUCUUAUGUCCUUUGGAGCAACAUGCAAAGGUUAGUAUGGAUGACUUGUAACUACUCUCUGCAUACAACUGUAGCCUACACAGAAUGUGCUGCAGUCUAUGCUUCUCUGCCACAUAGCCUCCCUGAUUAAGGAGAGCAGACCAUGGAUGAUUCUAACAUAUUAUUCAGGUUUCCUGAAUUUGUUGGUUUCAUUCCCAUAUCAUUUCUAAGAAUAUUCUGAUGCUGAAAUCGAGGUGUAUACAUUUAAAUUCCACUAGAAUAUUUGUGCUUUUAUUUAUGGGGGUUUUUAUAGACUAUUGGUAACUAUGUUUUUAUUUGGAUUACCUUUGUUGAAGUUAUAGUUUAAUUUGACUUUGAAACUAUGUGGUGAAUUCUAUGUGAAAUCAAGCUGUAUGGUAUAAGGGUAUAUUAAAACCACAUAUUAGUUGCGCGUACUGCAUUCCUUUUUCCUAUUCCCUACAAUUUCUGUGAUUUCUUUAAACCAUGUAACAUUGUCUUUUUGUUUUAUUUGUGUUUUUGAAUGUUUUGUUAUUACUGCUUCAAAUAAAAUAUUUAAUGUGACUUUU